CAUCCGUUCGAUAGCAUCACUUCCUCCCAAGCAAGAAAUCCGAUUUAGAUUAUUCGGAUAUUGCUUAGAAGUCUGCUGUGGAACGUUUACCGGGCUGAAGCUCGCCUGGCAUCAUGAAUGUUCAGCUAGCGGCGCUAUCCACUUUCUUCCUUUUCUUCCUUUGCCAAUUGCUUGUCACAGUUUCUGCUGGAGAAGGCGUCGGAAAGGGUUUUGGAGAUCAUAUUCAUUGGAGGACACUAGAAGAUGGGAAAAAGGAGGCAGAAGCCAGUGGGUUACCUCUCAUGAUAAUCAUUCACAAAUCAUGGUGUGGUGCUUGCAAAGCGUUAAAGCCAAAGUUUGCUGAAUCUAAGGAAAUCUCAGAGCUUGCCCAUAAUUUUGUGAUGGUCAACCUUGAGGAUGAAGAGGAACCCAAGGAUGAAGCUUUGAGCCCUGAUGGUGGCUACAUUCCCAGAAUCCUUUUCAUGGAUCCCAGUGGAAAAGUCCACCCAGAGAUCAUAAAUGAGAGAGGAAAUCCCAGCUACAAGUAUUUUUAUACCAGUGCUGAACAAGUCAUAGAAGGAAUGAAAGAGGCGCAAGAAAAGCUGACAGGUGAUGCUUUCAAGAAAAAACAUCUUGGAGAUGAGUUAUAAUACACUGGAGAUCUUUUUAUAUGGGUUCAGAAUUUAUUAUACAUGACUCCUUAUCCUCCCUAAACGUAUACUGGAUGAAGAACUGUAGCUGUACCAGAAGACCUUUUUCCUAUUGAUAACUUGUUCGAUCAAAUGCUAUCUGAUUUUUCACAUAGUGAAAUCAAAGUAUUGUCAUCUUGUUUACACUGAAAUACCUAUUUAUAGCAUAAAUAAAGCUUAAAAUAUUUGCAUUAUUUAAUGAAUUAAUACUUCAAUUCUGACCACAUUAAAAUCUAUUUUAGUGGAGUAUGUGUGAUCUUUUAAAUUACAUUUCUAUAUUGGAAAAUGGCUGGUGUGUGGUUUGUAAUACACUUCUAUGUGCAUUAGAAUCACACACAUGAGCCAAAUGUACUAAGUUGCCAUGAACAUUAUAUCAAGUAGACUUGUUUUCCUGCCUGAUCAAGGAGUAGCAUGAAGAGUAUUGAAUCUACCAAUGUGUUUCUUUCUUAUAAAUGUCUGUUCCUUUGGUUGCACUAGACAGAAAUAUCAUUUUUCCUUUGUGCAGUCUUCUUUCAAGCCUUUUUAUGCAAAUGAGAGACUGUAUUGCAUUAUUUUGUGUGAAAAUUUCCUCUUAUCUGCUGAAUGUUCUUGGUAGAUGCCUUAUUUCAUCACAUUGUACUGUAUUUUUGUACCAAGAUAAACAAUAAAAUUGAUCUUAAUUUUUUAAAA